AUGAAGAUUCUUCUUCUCCUUCUAUUUCUCCUCCACAUUUCUCAUUCCUUCACCGCCGGUCAACCAAUCUCCGAGUUUCAUGCUCUUCUCUCACUCAAAUCUUCCCUUGCCGGCGGCAGAAAUGACAAACACUCACCUCUCACAUCAUGGAAGCUUUCGACGAGCUUCUGUCUAUGGACCGGCGUCACGUGCGACGUCUCUCGCCGGCACGUGACCUCCCUCGACCUCUCCGGCCUUGACCUCUCGGGGACUCUCUCCUCCGACGUAGCUCAUUUACCUCUGUUGCAGAAUCUAUCGGUCGCUGCUAACCAAAUCUCGGGUCCUAUUCCACCGGAGAUAGCCAAUCUCUCUGAGCUCCGUCAUCUUAAUCUCUCCAAUAAUGUCUUCAACGGUUCGUAUCCCGAUGAACUCUCCGCUGGAUUGGUCAAUCUCGAGGUCCUCGAUUUGUACAACAACAAUUUGACCGGAGAUUUGCCGGUCUCCAUCACCAACCUCACACAGCUCCGCCAUCUUCACCUUGGUGGGAACUACUUCGCUGGCCGUAUCCCGGCGGUGUACGGAAGCUGGCCUGUUCUCGAGUACCUAGCAGUUUCCGGCAACGAGCUAAUCGGGAAGAUCCCUCCGGAGAUCGGAAACCUAACGAGCCUCCGGGAGCUCUAUAUCGGAUAUUACAACGCUUUCGAAGAUGGUCUUCCACCGGAGAUUGGAAAUCUAUCGGAGCUCGUCCGAUUCGACGCCGCUAACUGCGGUUUGACAGGAAAGAUUCCGCCGGAGAUUGGGAGGCUCCAGAAGCUCGAUACGUUGUUCCUCCAAGUAAACGCGUUCGCAGGUCCAUUAACUCCGGAGCUGGGGUUGAUUUCGAGCUUGAAAUCAAUGGAUUUGUCUAACAAUAUGUUCACCGGCGAGAUUCCGGCGAGUUUCGAACAGCUGAAGAACUUAACGCUUUUGAAUCUCUUCAGGAACAAACUGUACGGUGCCAUACCUGAGUUUAUCGGUGACUUGCCGGAGCUCGAGGUGUUGCAGCUGUGGGAGAACAAUUUCACCGGCAGCAUCCCUCAGAAAUUGGGGGAAAACGGUAGAUUAGUGAUCCUCGAUCUCUCCUCCAACAAACUCACCGGGACUCUGCCGCCGAAUAUGUGCUCCGGCAACAGGUUAAUGACAUUGAUCACUCUCGGCAACUUCCUCUUUGGUUCAAUCCCUGAUUCGCUCGGCAAAUGCGAGGCUCUGACCCGGAUCCGAAUGGGCGAGAACUUCCUCAACGGGUCGAUUCCAAAGGGGCUUUUCGGGUUACCCAAAUUAUCUCAAGUGGAGCUCCAAGACAAUUACCUCACCGGAGAGUUACCAAUAAGCGGAGGAGUCUCUUUAGACCUCGGACAGAUCAGUCUAUCAAACAACCAGCUCUCUGGUCCACUACCGCCGGCCAUCGGAAACUUCUCCGGCGUCCAGAAACUACUCCUAGAUGGUAACAAGUUCGCUGGUCCGAUUCCGUCGGAGAUUGGGAGGCUUCAGCAGCUAUCCAAGAUGGACCUGAGCCACAAUCUGUUAUCGGGUCGGAUCGCACCGGAGAUCAGUCGCUGUAAGUUGCUAACGUUCGUUGAUCUGAGUCGUAACGAGCUUUCUGGUGAGAUCCCUAACGAAAUCACAAGCAUGAGGAUCUUGAACUACUUGAAUAUCUCGAGGAACCAUCUCGUUGGUUCGAUCCCUGUGACGAUAGCGUCAAUGCAGAGUCUGACAUCCGUUGAUUUCUCUUACAACAAUCUCUCCGGUUUAGUUCCCAGCACCGGACAGUUCAGUUACUUCAACUACACAUCGUUCUUGGGUAAUUCUGAACUCUGUGGUCCGUAUUUGGGUCCUUGCAAAGGCAAAGGAACUCACCAGCCUCGUGUUAAACCUUUAUCCGCUACUACGAAACUGUUACUCGUCCUCGGGUUGCUCUUUUGUUCCAUGGUGUUUGCUAUAGCUGCCAUAGUCAAAGCUAGGUCCUUGAGAAACGCUAGUGACUUCAAGGCCUGGAGAUUGACUGCUUUCCAGAGACUAGACUUCACCUGUGACGAUGUCUUGGUCUCUCUUAAAGAAGACAACAUCAUCGGUAAAGGCGGUGCCGGGAUUGUCUACAAAGGCGUGAUGCCUAGUGGUGAACUAGUCGCGGUCAAGAGAUUGGCUACAAUAUUAUCUUCAGUGCCCGUCCACGAAGUAACACACGUCUUCUACGUUGCGAUGCUCUGCGUUGAAGAACAGGCGGUGGAGCGGCCGACGAUGCGGGAAGUUGUUCAGAUCCUCACCGAGAUCCCAAAGAUCCCUCUUUCGAAGCAGCAGGCGGCGGAAUCAGACGUGACGGAGAAAGCUCCAGCGUUUAGUGAAUCGUCGCCGGAUUCAGGAAGUCCGCCGGAUCUCCUCAGUAGUUAG